AUGUUCAUGCGCAAAGAAACAGUAGUCUUAACAGCGCUGUUUGUGGCAUCUUUGUUGAGUUCAAGCGAAGCAAUCUGCAAACAUCCCAAAGAAACCAAAACGUGGAAGCGUAAGAGUCUUAUCGAGCGAGCAGUUGCGUCUGAUAUCGUUAUAUAUGGCGAGGUAAUAUCCAGCCCUUGUUGGAAGCCUGGUUAUGUCAAACCAACACCUCUACCAACAACAGCUCUGGUUCUAAGCAGCGGUGGUAACUCGUCUAAUGCAACUGGCAAUGCGACAGUUUCGGCUCCUCAAGUUGUAAAUGUUACGAUUCUUCCAACUACACCCCCGUACAACUGCAGCUCAGAAUUCUAUAGCGCUAUCAUAAAGGUGAUAUGCGUAUUAAAGGGUGGCUCCGUACCACUUUUUGUUCAAUUGGAAGGUUUUGGUCAUGGCCAAGGAAUCUGCUUGGAUGAAUCUUCUCACGAUUACCAUGCGUUCAACAUGUUGAAGUACUUGAUAUUCAUCGGAAGGUAAGGGGUGUUCGAUAAUUGUUUUUUUCAUUCACUCGACUGAAUUUAGUUCGCAUUACCACUCCCGCUGUUUCGUGCUUUGAAACCUUGCGCUCAGAAAGGGAUUUAACUCUCUGGGCUUGUUUUUGAUAGAGACCAUUUCUACACAGCCUCAAUUGGAUAUAACUAUAACUUUUUUUUAAAUUUAUUCACUUUAAUUUUACGGCAUCAAAAUUACAUGGCUGGCACCACACGAGCGACUGAGAUGAAGCAAUUCCUGUGUUCUGAUUAGCUACCUGAGUGGGGAAAAUGAGUUUUUAUUCAUGGCUGAAUCCGCCAGCGGACUAGUCUCCUUCGCAGCAAACAAUCAGCCGGCAAGAUGAAGCGCAUCCUGCGUGCUGAUUGGCUACCUGAGCGGGUUAGAUGGGCUCAUCUUGCCUGCUCGUGAUUUCCCGCGUUGGUUUCGCAAGAAGAAAAGUUCUCUUCAGUUGGCUAUAUAACAAAUAUUUUAUUGACCAAGCUUGUUAGGUCAAGACGGCUAGAUAUUGGCCUCGUUCGUUUUGGCGUUUUUAUUGACCUUGAAUACCUCUAGGUCAAUUCAAAUGUAAAAAAGAACGGGGCCAAUAUACAGCCAUCUUGACCGAACAAGCUUGGUCAAUAACGCAAAAGCUCGGUAUCGCCCGCUUUGUCUGUCCCAAAAGAAGAUAUUCUUUUGACCAAGCUUGUUUUGGCCUCGAUUCUAAGUUUAUAUAACUUGUGUUCAUGAUUAGAAGCCAUUAAGACAGAAAUAUCUUUUUAAAUAUUUCAGGAGUAAAAACGAAAGCAGUUCCAGGCCUUUCUUUAUCAACUCGGUGAACAACCAGCCUGCUGCUACUGAGAUGAGCGAUGAGAGCAUGCUUGAACCAAUCUUCGAGACCACUGGAAAAAAUGCUCACAUGCCCACUGGAGUCAGCAACACAACUGCGCAUGGCGUGUGCAAACCUUACGUUAAGAGCUCUGCGCAUGUUUGGUCUGCACGCGAAAGCGUGUAUUUACUUCUGGCAAUGGCAGCUAGUUCAAUCUUGACAUACGGAAAUUUCCAUUAA